CAAUGCCACUGAACUUGAUCAGUCGCAGUUUGUUGUCAACAAGUGAAGUGCAUAGCUCAGAAACUUUUUAGUAAAGGUGUUCAGUGUUUUGCUUUUAUUGUGUGUUAAAAUUUUUUAAGACCCAGUUGUAAUUUUUAUUACAUGUUUUUUUAUUGGGACUUAUAUUUUUAGUUAUCAAAAAGUAUUUGACAAUGAACAUGCAGAUGUAAAAUUUUAAGCAAAUGAUAUGCGCGUUCGACUUUGAUAAUAUCAUCGCACCAUUCACUUAAUUUCAAGGGCUUUAAAUAUUGAAUAAAUUUGUUUGAAAAAUGAGUGUUAAGAUACUAACAGUUAUGGUUGUGGCACUGAUGUUAUUCAAUGACUCUUCAUUUAUUACGACUGCUCAGCUCGAUGCUUCGACUGAUGCGCCUCUUCUACCACAAGCAAAUCGGACUUCAAAAGAACUGCAAGAUAAAUCUAAAUUGGUUCAGGAUAUAAGUGUAGAACUAAGAACUUCUGGUCGCAAAUCAACUACUGACGAUUACAAUUCAUUUUCGUCUUUGACAUCUGAUGUUUUUGUUGAGACCCCGUCAUCAGUUCCCAAUCCUAAAUUAUACCCUUCGCUGACAACCAGUAUGCCAGCAUUUGUAACACGUGGUAGAUAUAUCAGGAACCCGUUUUACUUCAGCAAGGAUGAUCAAGAAGUUGAAUUCGAAGAAGAUCAACACGCUGAUGUGUUGUUAAAUGGUGGAUUUCCAAAAUGGAAUAGAUAUAAUACCAAUCACAGACAGUUGAAUAAAUAUGGGCCGACACCGAUUGAAACAGACAUUACUGUCGAUGAAGACGGAUCGACCGGUUAUGGAAGCACGUUCGAUUUUGGCGGCGGAGGUGGUAACGCAGGGGCUUCUAGUUACGAUUCUGGUAGUUACCGCAACCCAAACAGCGGAUGGUCAGGAGGAGACAGCAUGAUGGAGUGGUACAACGAACCUAUACCGCAGUCGUCGCGUCCCGUUCCCAUAAUCGCUGAAAUUCGACAUCCUAGCAAACACAAAAUGUCCAUUGAUGUGACGAAAAUAGGUCUUUUAGCGUUGAUCAAGAUCGCGAUGGCUAAGCUGAAAGCACUGGGUUUUAUCAAGGCCAUGUUGCUCAUGUUGUUCAAACUUAAACUCCUCAUACUUGUACUGGUCAUCAAGGCGCUAAUGCUAAUGAAAAUGGUGAAAAUGACACUGUUUCUUCCAGCUCUCCUAUCAAUCUUUACGUUUCCGAUGAUCUUAUCGCGCUUAACGAACAUGCAUUCGUUGCUAAACCAGCCGGUUCUAGUGCCGAAUGGCUUUGGCCAGAACCAGGGAAACAAUCCAGGUGGAAAUGAUCAAGGAAAUGACGGGGAUGAUGGGGACGAGUCGAAAAAAAUAAAAAGGAGCAGUCGUCUAGACCAAUUGGGAGUAAUGGGAACCAUUCCGACCAGCUUUAGACAAAUCAUGCGGUCGGAAAAAUGUGUUGAGAGAGUGUCUUGCCGUAUGGCUGGUGCAGAACGACCGAGUGUGUUACUCAUUUGGUUGAACUGGUUAGCAUCACCUAUAUCGAACUAUAUACCGAGCAAGAAAAUAAGAUCUUUCGUUUCAACAUUUACCGAAGUAACCAAUUUUCGUUUAGAUAAUUUACACACAAGAUUAUUACCAACUAAUUGGACCGAAUGGUGUAAUGAACAUUAUUCGUGUGAUGUAAAUAAAAGUGAAGGAUAAAAUAUAGUUACUUGAGUAAAAAUAUUUUUUUUAUUAUUUAUUAUUCAAUAUUUAUUGUAUAACCAUACGUUUAGUAAAAAUGUUAAGAUAUGUUUAAAAUACUUCGAAUUUUGAAAUUACUGUAUUCAAAACGUUUGUAUUAUUGGCGAUGAGCAAAUAAAUUGAAUUCAAUUAUGUGUUAGUUUUAUUUAAGAAGGCGUCCGUCAUAUCCACAUGUGUUGUUGUCUCCAUUUAUAAGAAACACACAACAUAAAGCAAUUACUUAUUCAUUCAGAACAAUUAAGUUAAUUUUAAUUUUGAAUUGAACUUAUCUAUUAUCAAAUUUAA